GGAAAAUCACAAAAACAAAUACAUAAAAAAAAAAAAAAGGACUGUUGGAUAAACUCCCUUAAGAUGCAAGAAAAGAAGCUUCACUUCUCCACCAAAUAAAGUUUCAAUCUUUUUUUUUUUCUUGUUAGGGUUUCCUCCUCUCUUUUCUUUGGGAGAUUUCAAUCGGAGGAGAGAUAUCAAAAAAAAGAUGAUAGAUUUCAGUCGAGUCCAGAAAGAGCUUCAAGAUUGCAGCAGAGACAACGAUUCUUCGGGUAUCCGGGUCAGCCCGAAAGCCGAUAAUCUCACCCGACUCACCGGAACCAUCCCUGGUCCUAUCGGUACUCCUUACGAAGGCGGAACUUUUCAGAUCGAUAUCACCAUGCCAGAAGGGUAUCCAUUUGAGCCUCCGAAGAUGCAGUUUUCAACCAGAGUUUGGCACCCAAAUAUUAGUAGCCAGAGCGGUGCAAUAUGCUUGGAUAUCUUGAAAGACCAGUGGAGUCCAGCUCUUACUCUGAAGACUGCUCUUGUUUCAGUCCAGGCAUUACUCUCUGCACCUGAGCCCAAAGACCCUCAAGAUGCUGUUGUAGCUGAACAGUAUAUCAAGAACUAUCAAGUAUUUGUAUCAACAGCUCGCUACUGGACUGAGACUUUUGCCAAGAACUCUUCUCUAGAGGAAAAAGUCAAGAAACUUGUGGAGAUGGGUUUUGGAGAUGCUCAGGUUAGGAGUGCCAUUGAAUCAAGUGGUGGUGAUGAGAAUCUGGCGCUAGAAAAGCUCUGUUCUGGGUAGGAUCUAUCAACACAAGCCUCAUUGGCGCUAGAUAUAUGAUUUAAAUUUGGUUUAUAACUCUUAUGUGCUGUGUUUCUGCUCUUGCCUGCUGAUAAGAGUGAAACUGCUUUAAAAAGAUUACUAAAUGCAAUGCUAUAUCCAUAAAGGGGAUCUUAUCUAGUAGAUCAUUGAGCAAGGAGUGUGUCAGGUUUA